UAGAUGCAAACAGGUAUAAGUAGUCCUCUGUGCAGGAAGGAGACAUGGUGACUUCAGCCUGUCUACAGAUGUCUGACCUUGGUGCACCUGCUUUUCGUUAGAAAGCCAUAUUUUUCUCAUGGCACACCGUAAGCCUAUAAUGAUGACACAGCAGCUUUAUAGUGCAGCGUGACUACAUUUGCUUGCUGGGUAUUUUUUUUCUUGCUCUGGACCACAGAGGUCUGGCAAGGGCUGCUUGCUUUCUUCUGCACGCUUUCCUAAGAUCAAGCACUACCUGAUCUCUCUGCUUUAGACGCAGCUUCUGUGGCUGCUAAAGCUGCUCUGGGAAUUGGUCCUUCCAAGAAAACGACUUCCAGGCAUAAUAAAGAAUUCUUUACAAGAUGAGUCUGAUCCGCUUCCCAUUUUUGGCUGCUUUUCUUAGUGGCAUUUUAUGCCAGUACUAUGAUUAUGAGUCCUACUAUGAACCUGCCUCUGUGAUGGGCCCAUCUGGACCAAACUGUCCCCAAGAAUGCGAUUGUCCAGUAAAUUUUCCAUCUGCAAUGUACUGUGACAAUCGGAAACUCAAGUACAUCCCAAUAGUGCCCAGUGGAAUAAAGUACCUGUACCUUCAGGGAAACCAGAUUGAUUCAAUCAAGAGUGGUGUCUUUGACAAUGCCACCGAUCUUGCUUGGCUAGUUCUGGACAAUAACUUCAUUGUCAAUGGCAAUAUAGGAAAAGACACAUUUACUAAGCUGAAAUCUUUGCAGAGACUCUACUUCAAUCACAACAACUUGACGGAACCCGUGGGUCCUCUUCCAAAGACCAUAGAAGAGGUUAAAUUUGCAGGCAACAAAAUUAAAAAACUUGGUUCCGGCUUCUUCAGUGGACUUGAAAACCUCACCAUUAUUCACCUUCAAGACAAUCAGUUACAGGAUGAUGCUCUUGCAGGAGUGUUUAAGGGACUCAAAAAACUCAAUUACCUUGACCUCAGCAAUAACAAACUCAAAAGAUUGCCUCAGGACCUCCCUAGCUCCCUGGAAAUGCUCUACAUUGACUUCAACAACAUUAACAAUAUUCCUGAUGAAUUUUUUAAGAAAUUUGGCGGUCUGCAGUAUCUGCGACUUUCAAACAACCAGUUAGCCGAUUCAGGUAUACCUGGCAAUGUCUUCAAUAUCAGCAGUCUUCUUGAGUUGGAUUUGUCAUUCAACAAAUUGAAAUCUAUUCCAACUGUAAAUGAAAAUUUGGAGAAUCUGUACUUGCAAGUUAACCAGAUCAACAAGUUUGAUCUGAACAGCUUCUGCAAGAUAACAGGACCUCUGAACUACUCCCGAAUAAGGCACCUGAGACUGGAUGGCAACAACAUCACUCGCAAUGAAUUGCCUGUUGACAUGGCCAAUUGCCUUCGGCAGGCUUCUGAAGUCACUUUUGACUAAUGAGCUGCAUUAGUUUUGGGCAGCUGGUCUGUUUGACAUGCUUUACAGUAGUUAUUAUUUCCAGAGGUUCUUUCAUUAUUUUCUUUAUUUUUGUUUCAGCAAGGAGGCAUCCCCAUUAGCUUUAUGAAAUAUAUUGCUAUUUGAAAUUGGAUUCUCAUACCCUAAUAGAAUAUAAAUCCGUUCAUAUUUCGAUAACAGUUUUUAUAACAAUCUUUAAAUGGGGACCUAAGCAAGAAAGAAUAAAUGCUGCACAUGAAAUAAUGUAGCUGUCUCAUUUAAAUAAGAAUUCAUUGCCCAAAUAAUAUAUUUUGUUUAAAAUACAUUUAAGACAUCAGCUUUUAAAACAUAUACUGGAUACAGUCGUCAGCUUUUCGUGUAUCUUGUAAGUAUAUGCAAAAAUUCUCACUUAUUUGCAUGUGUGUUAUAAAGUUAAUGUUAACUUUGUUAAAAAAAUAAAAUGUAGCAAUUCAAA